UGUGCUUUGAACAUGUUGGAAUGACAUGCAGCAACAGUAAAAUGUUUUCAUUUAAAUGCUAAUUACUGUUUUAUACUUUAGUGCUGCCAUGAAUUGUGUAUUUGGUCCGGCAAUAUCAUAAUUUUCUUCUGAUUUGAUUGUGCACUUAACUCUGAACCGCACGCUGCAGAAAUUCACACCUAUAAUGACGCUGUUGUUCUUUUGUUUUAUGAUAAUAAUACUGAUAUGCUGGGGUUAUUUCUGUUGCGCCGUAAUUUCAGCAGUGAUAAUAUUCUGUUUAUGAAAGCUUCUAGUUUGUUUACAUGACAGUGCUUCUCCUUUUUUAAACACACACAGGGGAGUAGCUUUGUGUUAUUGUCAGUGGUAGAUGUAUGAUUGUGUGAUGUGGAAUCUUGGUUGUUGCAGCAUCAUAUGAUUUUGUUUUGGAUCCCACAGAACCAACCAACAUCACUUUGGCUGUAUGAAUUGUGUCCAGGUGCAUGUUUUUUUUUUUCUUCAGCUCUUAUGAAGCCUGCUGCUUUUCCUUAAUACUUAAAACAGCCCAAACAACACUGCAGCUUAGUGACCCGUUAUCCCUAACCUCAGGAGACACCAUGAGCAAUCCAACUGGAGAUGAUUCACAAUCUGCCAAAGAUGAGGAAGAGCGAAAUGGUGAGUUGCUGUGCUUCAAGAUUAAAGCCCAUUUGGAGGAUCUGUUCUCCAACAGUCACCUGGCAGAGGAUGGCUUCCUGCUUAAACAUGUGCAGAAGAACAAGCAGGGCUACGUGAGUCUCAAGCUCCUCACUUGUUUGAAAAAGAUAAAGGCCCUGACCACAAACUGGUACAUGACUCUAGCAGCAGCAGAGCGCUCAGACCUUCUCGAAGUGAAUGAUGAGCGCACCAAAGUGAGGCGGAUAGAGCCACUUCCCCGAUGGCUGCUGUGUUCCCCCAGCAGCAAGCUCCUCCUCGUCUGGAACAUUUGUGAGGAGCAAACCGGAGAAGACAGAGCAGCCCGAGGCCUGGAGCGACUUUCCCUCUCAGAGAGGAUCUUACAGUUCAGAGCUUACAGUGGUGUUACCUCAGUCUGGAUCCUGCAUCCUGGCAAAAUGCUACCUAAGGAGCUGCAGUGCUACGCCAAACGUCACAGAGAGCUUGGCCAACAUUUGUGCGCAGUGGUGAAGUUUGAUAGUUUAGAGGCGGUCCGUAAGACCUACAGUGUCCUGAAAGCAGAAGAAGACAAGUCCAAUGGGAAGGACAUGUGUGUGGUGCCUUUGGGAUUCCAGUCAACGCAUCACAUCAGCAAGGACAAAUCAUCAGAAGACAAAACUGAGGACGAAUCUGUGGACACCCUGUCCCAGAAAAAUCCACUUGAAACCUCAGAGGAUCCGGUCCAGGAGGAACCCUCUUCACCAGCUACGACUCCAGACACAUGUCAGCCCCAAAAUACUUUGAACAGUUCCAUUCAAAGUAGCUGUGAGCAGAUCUCCACCAGCUGCAGCGGCCAGUCCUUCUCUGGGUUGAAUGUGAGGUACAGCAGAAUGAGCUGGUGCUCUGGAGACUGUGAUAAAGAGAGUUUUGGGAUCCCCUGGGUGUUGAGGCGCAAAUUUGCAGCCAGUGCAUUAAACCCCAAAGCACCCGGACUCCCGUAUGCAUCUGGCGUGAUGCAAAGAGUGCUGCGCCAGCCGUUUGGUCCUGACGGCACCAAGGGUUUUCAGGGCAGAGGGAAGCCGCUGAAGCAGAUCAAAGAAAGAAGAGGCGGCUGGAGCAGUACCACCUGUGCUGAAUAA